AGGCGGCUAUUUAUCGUCUUUGUGGUGACAAAAAUCCUCUACAUAUCGAUCCCUUAUUUGCAUCGGCAGGAGGGUUCACAAGUCCUAUACUCCAUGGCUUGUGUACAAUGGGUUAUGCAGUGAGACAUGUAUUGCGUGAGUUUGCCGACUAUAAUGUGCUGAACUUUAAAAGCAUUAAAACGCGAUUUUCUGGACCCAUAACUCCGGGAGAAACUAUUGAGACCCAUAUGUGGAAAGAAGGGAAUCGCAUAUAUUUGCAAAGUUUUAUCAAAGAAAGUGGAAAACAAAUUAUUUCUGGUGCUUAUGUGGAUCUGAUUGAAAAUAACGAUAAAAGCUAUAAUUCGACAAAUUAUUCCCCAAAUUCUCAAUUAUCAGAGAAUGAAAAUAAUUUUGGUUUGAGUUCACAAAUGAUGCCAAACGUGGAGGACUUGAUUGUGGAUGAAAUAGACAACUAUUCGGUCAAAGAAUACCAGGCGAUGGAUGAGGCGAACCAAGGGUCUAGCGUUCAAUACGUAUGCGCUCCCUAUGGCUCACAUGACGGACAAUCAGAUGGAGGCGAUGGUCAGAGCUCACGAAUCGAUAAGAUAUUCGGCGGUUGGCUAUCCGUUAGAAUCAGAGAUCACAAAGAAUUGGUUCCUAUUAUAAAGACCGUCUAUCAGUGGAAUAUCACUAAAAGUGGCAAAAUUAUUACCGUUUGGACUCUGGACUUAAAGAAUGGCGAGGGAUCUGUUUAUAAAGGCAGUCCCAACACUGGGAAGGCUGACUGCACUCUAACCAUCGAUGAGGAAAGUGCUGUCAAUGUGUUUGAAGGUCGUGAGGACGCUAUGAAAGCUUUCAUGGGCGGCAAAUUGAAAAUAGCCGGUAAUAUAUUAGCCGCACAAAAGUUGCAACAACUGUGGGCAGAGGAGGCUCCCCGGGGGUCCGUCUCCCUCGACCAACAGCCAGAACUGCAACCAAAUCACGUGUCAAUCACAUCAUCAAAUAAUUUGGAUGAUUCGUCGGUGCCCGUCUCUGGACUCAAAUGCGAUAUCGUUUUUACGGUAUUCAAGAAUCGUAUGCAUGAAGAGCCAGAUCUGGUCCGACGGCUUAAAGUUGUUUUUCAAUUCAAUAUAACAGUGGACGGACAGCAGAGAACUACUUGGACCUGUGAUAAUAAGUCCCGACCCGAGGGAGACGUGUAUUUGGGAACACCUAAGAAUGGCAAACCCGACUGCACUGUUACUGUCGAAGACGACGACUUUCUUAAGCUUAUGGUCGGCAAACUGAAUCCACAGCGGGCAUUUAUGAUGGGCAAACUCAAAAUCAAAGGCAAUAUAAUGCUUCUCCAGAAACUCAACUCUUUAUGGCUAGACUUGCAAAAAGCAGGGAAAGCACCGGAAUUACCAUUUUUAACUGAUAUGAUGCUUAAAACGGCUGUGAUCCCGGGUCUUAAAAGUGAGUCAAUGAUUGUCGAAUUGGUUCAGCGAAUGGUGCGUUUGCCUCAACUUUGCACUCAAGUGUCAACACUUAUCGGCUUUAAUAUCACUAAAGAUAACAAAUCGGUUUCCAAAUGGACACUGGAUUUCACUAAAAACAAGUUAACCGGAGUUUUCGAGCGGGGAUUACCUGAGAAAAGUGAUUGUAUUCUUACUAUCGAUGACAAUGACUUCUGCAUUUCGAGCGGACGAAUCCAAUUAGACGGCGACAGAAGUGUUGCCCAAAAGAUCAACGUCUUGUUCACGACUCCCACCACUAAAUCCAAACUUUAAGAAUUUUAGUGUUUAUGUCACUUAUGUUUUACAAGAUUUUAUAUUAGUUUUCAUUUUUCUAGUUUUAUACACAAA